CAGUAUUUCCCAGGUUGCACCUCCCACAUGAGGUGACCAACGGCUUAGUGUGAGCCUGAUUAGUAGUUUCAGCAGGUGGGGACAAGAUGUUAGUAGGGAUGAGCACCCAAACAAAUGAAUGGACAUAAACAUACUUCUGUACCGUUCCCAGAGAAGAUGGUGGCCACUGUGCUCACCUCAAGCAAGCAUGUUCAACCUGAUGAGCAACUGCUGCAGUUGGGUCUCCAAAAUACAAGAGCCAAUCAGGAAAGUGACCAUUCUUGUGGUUGGACUUGACAAAGCAGGAAAAACCUCCUCCAUCAGAGGGAUGUUGAGAGUCACCAACAGUGUAGACACUGGGCCCACCCACAGCUGCAUCAGAAAUGAGCUGAGGGUUGAGAACUACCUGGUCACACUGCUGGAUGCUGGAGGAUCCCCAGAGUUGAGGGGAACCUGGAGGGAGCUCUACGCAGAAGCUCAUGGUAUAAUCUUUGUGGUGGACUCCUGUGACAGGCAGAGGAUGAAGGAGGCCAGGGAGGUUCUGGCAGACCUGCUGAAGCAGCCGAGGGUGGCAGGAAAACCCAUACUAGUGUUGGCAAACAAACAGGAUAAGAUGAACGCAUUGGUGGGGAGUGAAAUGAUAGAGAUUCUGUCUUUAGAGAAGCUGGUUAAUCAGAGCCGCUCUCUGUGCCAUAUUGAACCAUGUUCAGCCUUAAUGGACCUGCGACGCUGGUCAGACAGAAAGACUUUGCGAGGCCUUCGCUGGUUACUGCGUGCUGUUUGUCUGGAUUACCCAGAGCUCUGUGCUCGGGUGGCCCAGGACAGCAGGAGGCCUCUGGAGUCGAGAAAACAGGAAAAGAAAGGAAAAUCUGGGAAAAUACAUAGAAAAACAAAAGUUGAACGAACACGAUCCAGCAAGUCAGAUCUGCGUCAGGUCCAUCGGCCCAGAGAGAACGAGAAAAGGGCCAGCGGUGAAGGAAAACUGCAGCCCAUUAGGAACAUCCUGCAAAGGGAGAACACACUGGAAAAGAAGCUAAGGACAAAGAAGAAGAAGAAACCAGUUAAGCUCAACAGUGACGAACAAGAUGAAGAGUCUCAGGAACAGGAAGAAGAUGGUGAAAACAAUGAAGGUGAACAGGACAACUCUCACAGAGACAAAGCCAGCAGUGCUCUGAUCCCUCCGAAAAAAGGCAAACAGAAAUGCAAAACAAAGGUGAAAGAAGAGUCACUGGGCGCUGCUGAAUCACUGGAAAACAAUGAGGCACAUCUGAAAGCUAAAGGAGAAAGACGGAAAAAAAAGAAAGUUGUGAAAGUUAAAAGAAAAAACAAAAUCAACACAGAGGGAACACCUGGAGCCUACUCUCGGCCUGUGGAUCUGUCUUCCACCUUUGACCUCUACCAAAAGGCAAUUCUGGCUCUGAAGGAGCGUCAGGACCAGGGACAGAGACAGUGAACCCUGAAGAAGUAUUGUCUGUUAAAGAAACAGCUGUUUUACAUUUUUAAAAGUCACACCAACUUACUACCUUAUUCCUGAGCCUUUGAGGACAAACCGCAGUGUGCUGUGAAGGAAGGGUUUGAUCACAUUCUAACAAUAACACAACAAUGUUAAAUAUAAACUUGGCCAAAAUAUUGACAUUUUGUAGACAUUUCUGAUGUUUGAAAUUAUUAUUUUUUAAAUUGUAUACUUUAUUACGAUUCUCUGAGAACUGUUCAGUUGUGAGCUGCACUCUCGGAAAAGAAUGCCAUUUUGACUUUUGACAAAACUUUAGAAAAAAUUAGAUCUGUGAUUUGAUAAGUGUAAAUAAUAAACAGGAUUUGUGAUUUGGUGGGUGUAAAUAAUAAACAUUUUGUCAAUACCCUUGCAUGGUCUUUCUUUUGUGUGUUUUUUCCCCUGUAUUCUCAUUACAUCAGCUGCAGCGGCUGGACUCAGGAAGUAGAUGAUCUCAAACGUUAAAGUUUAAGUUAAAAUCCCACUAGUUGUCACACUGGUGUGUGACAUUUGUUUUCCAGAAUUGACCCAUCCUCUGCGAGAGCGGUGAGAAGCAGACACAGCCAUGCUAGAGAACCAUUUGGUGGUUUAACCCCCCAAUCAAACAUUUGGAGGCAUGUCAGAAUAUGUGGUGCUCUAGAACUGGUUUGGGAAUCUGAUAAUAAAUGUGCCGCGACCACUUUGCCAGGAUAUUUUUCAGCUUUGU